GAAUAGCUCGCAGAGGAACACAGCAAGGACUGCAAAAACCAGGUACCACCACGUAAUCUUUGAAGUUGUUGUUGCCUUUGUCAAAAUAGUGACAAAAUCAAAUCCAACACAAAGAGAGAGAAACUCCAAUCUCAACAUAGUUGUUCUGUUCUUCAAUUUUCAUCUCAGAAUCAAUCUCAUUUUUCCUGCCUCUCACAAUUCUCUUCCAUCAUCAAUGGUACCAAAAUAUGAGGUAAUUGAUUUUCAUCAUACCCCAUCAUAGUUUCACUCUUCUGUUCUAUUUUCUCUGUUAAAAAAAUCAAUCUUUUUUUCAAUUCAAUCAUCAACAUGUUUAUCAAACCUUAGAAAUAUUCACAAUUUUGAAUGUAAAUCAGAAUUUUGGAUCUUGAUCUGGGUUAAUUUUUCUGGGUCUGCUUCAGAAUUUUGUGUUUUAGGGUUUCAUUGAUUGGACAAAAAAAAUCAAAACUUUGGUAUGUGUGAGGUUGGAAAUUUGAAAUAGAGGUUUAUAUCUGAGAUUUUGUUAGGGAUUAGAGAACAUGAAUUGUGUAGGGCAAUCUUCUGAAUUAGGGUCUAGUUUGAGUAUUGUUGAAUCAGUAGAAAAUGUAGUUUUUGGUGAUGUUAGAUGUUGUAUACAAGCUUCUCCUCCAAGGGGAAAUGGGUCAAGGAAUACUAGUCCAAUGGGUAGAGUCGGGUCGAGAAACACGAGUCCUUCGAGGCAAAAAGUUGUUAAGACUAAACCAAGGGGUUUAGAUGAAGAAACACAUGCUACAUUUGGUAAAGUAGUUCAUGCCGAUGUUCAAAUGGAGGAUAACAUAUGGGCAAUGUUGCCGGAGGAUUUGUUGCAUGAGAUCUUAGCUAGAGUCCCUCCAUUUCUGAUUUUCCGGCUGCGUUCGGUUUGUAAGAGGUGGAAUUCGCUGCUUCAAGAUAGUAGUUUUCUUAAAUUUCAUUCUAGUGUGCCGUCACAUGGACCUUGUGUUCUUAGUUUCUGUAAGAAUUCUGUGAUCCCGCAAUGUUCUGUUUAUAGUUUACCUCUUAAAACUUGGUAUAGAAUGUGUUUCACAUUUUUGCCGCAUUGGGCAAUCUGGUUAAUUGGCUCUUCCGGUGGUCUUGUUUGCUUUUCCGGGUGCGAAGGACCAACAUUUUAUAUACUUGUUUGUAAUCCCCUUACACAAACUUGGAGGAAAUUGCCAUGUAUGCAUUUUAAUCAACAAAGGCAAUUGAUAAUGGUUGUUGAUCGGUCGGAUCAGUCGUUUAAAGUGAUAGCCACUAAUGAUAUAUGUAGUGACAAGUCAUUUCCGACUGAAAUUUAUGACUCGAAGGAAGAUAGAUGGUCAGUCCAUCAGAGGAUGCCGGCUUCUAAUCUUUGCUCUUCAAAGAUGGCAUAUUGUGAUUCUAGGUUGUACUUCGAAACCCUUUCACCACUUGGUUUGAUGAUGUAUAGACUAGAUAUAAAUUGUUGGGAACAUAUUCCGGCUAAGUUCCCGCGAUCAUUACUCGAUGGUUAUUUAGUUGCCGGCACCCAGAAACGUCUUUUUCUUGUUGGAAGGAUUGGUCUUUAUAGCACUCUGCAGAGUAUAAAAAUUUGGGAAUUGGAUCAUGCCAAGAUUUUGUGGGUGGAGAUCAGUAGGAUGCCGCCAAAGUAUUUUCGUUCGUUAUUAAGAUUAUCGGCUGAGAGAUUUGAAUGCUUUGGACUUGAUAACUUAAUCUGCUUCACCUCUUAUAACCAAGGGAAGGGCCUUCUAUUUGAUGUUGAUAAAAAGAUCUGGUCUUGGAUUGGUGGGAGUGCUUUUCAGUCAUACAAUAACCAAGCUUGCUUCUAUGAGCCCAGGUUUGAUGCUUCUAUCUACUAAACUAGAAUCUUACGGCAUGAUGUCAGAUAUCAAUUGAAACUUACGGCAUGAUGUCAGAUAUCAAUCUUACUAAACUAUAACCAAGGGAAGGGCCUUCUAUUUGAUGUUGAUAAAAAGAUCUGGUCUUGGAUUGGUCGGAGUGCUUUUCAGUCAUACAACAAUCAAGCUUGUUUCUACGAACCGAGAUUUGGCGCUUCUAUCUACUAAACUAGAGUCUUACGGCAUGAUGUCAGAUAUCAAUAGAAACUUACAUAAAAGAGGUUUACCAAUGAUUUGUUUUUACCUGACGUGACAUGUUUUCUUUGCAAUGAGAUUCUCCCCGACGUGACCAUUUGAAAAUGGAUAUGGCAUUGAAAUUGUGUAUCCUAAACUUCAACUGCUUCCAUGCAUGCAGGAUUGGCUGUGUAAUAUAAUUGUUAUCUAAAUCUUGUUGUGAACCUUUACCUUAUGUAACUUCCUUAUGUAAAUGAUUUACUUUCUUUUCUUUUUUUCAGGCAAAAUACCUGGUUAAGAACAUGAUUUACUUUAUAAUUUUGUGAUCUUUACUUUGUAAUUUUGUGAUCUGGAUGCGAUUAUAGAAAUUGGUUUUACACUUUUA